CAUGGACGCCAAGGGCCUGAGUGGCACCUUUAAAAGGUCUUCCCUCAAACGCACCACAUCUGGCUCGCAAAAGGCACAGAAAGCUUGGAUUGAGAGGACCUUUCUUAAAAGAGAAUGUGUUCACAUAUUUCCCACCAAGGACCCGACCAGAUGUGCCUGUGGUCAGCUGACAACGCAGCACGUGGCCAUCCCUCCUGGUGCCAACUCAGUAGAGGAAACAAACCAGCUGGUGCAGAUCGACACCCCAAAGGAUAAAUGGACUGUGAUCAAAUACACCAGAACUUACCCAACAGACGCCUUUGGCAUAAUCGAGUUCCAGGGUGGAGGAUUCAUCAACAAGGCCAUGUAUAUCCGGGUUUCCUAUGACACCAAGCCUGACAACCUGCUGCAUCUGAUGGUGAAGGACUGGCAGCUGGAGCUGCCCACGUUGCUCAUCUCUGUUCAUGGAGGUCUCCAGAACUUCGACCUCCAGCCCAAACUCAAGCAAGUGUUUGGCAAAGGCCUGAUCAAAGCUGCCGUCACAACUGGAGCGUGGAUCUUCACGGGUGGAGUCAACACGGGGGUGAUCCGUCAUGUCGGAGAUGCCUUGAAGGAUCAUUCCUCCAAGUCACGAGGGAAGGUGUGCGCAAUAGGAAUUGCUCCAUGGGGGAUACUGGAAAGCAAAGACGACCUCAUCGGAAAAGAUGUAACCAGACCCUAUCAGUCGAUGGCAAACCCACUGAGCAAGCUGGCCGUGCUCAACAACAGCCACUCCCACUUCAUCCUGACCGACAAUGGCACCUGCGGGAAGUACGGCUCUGAGGUCAAACUACGUCGACUGCUGGAGAAGCACAUCUCCCUGCAGAAGAUCAACACUCGUCUGGGUCAGGGGGUCCCCCUGGUGUGUCUGAUAGUGGAGGGAGGUCCCAACGUUAUCUCCAUCGCCCUAGAGAGUCUGAGAGAUGAGCCUCCCAUCCCUGUGGUGGUGUGUGACGGCAGCGGCCGAGCUUCUGACAUCAUUUCCUUCGCACACAAGUUCUCAGAGGAUGGGGGCCUAGUUAAUGAUGACGUCAGAGACCAAUUGUUGGUUACUAUUCAGAAGACUUUCAAUUACACCAAAAGCCAAUCACAGCAGAUCCUGCUCAUGGUAAUGGAGUGCAUGAAGAAAAGGGAACUGGUGAGUAGAAGAAAAAACUGA